GUUUUAGAGAAAUGACGUCUGACCAAAGUACGGGGUUGGCCACACCACUUGGGGCCAACUCGGGACUCUGACACCAAAAACUGGGAUUCUGCCUGCACGCGUAAACUAGCCGACUAGCCCCAUGCAAUUGCUUCCUGCAAGACAUGGUUUUGUCUGAAUCAUGGAAGCUACUGGACCUGCCGUCGCAGAGGACCGUGAACGCUACUUGCGUUCUAGAAAACGCUCAGAUCGCGAUCUCUUGGUGGAUGCGCUUGCACCACCAGUAGGGACCAAGGUUGGACCGCCGACAACCUCCGGCAGCCACGCAGCCCUGUUGCGAUCAGAAAUUCAAUCUGAAAUGUCUCAUGCCUCGACUCUUCAAGCAAAUACAAUGGGAUGCGGGCUGAGCGGACGCACCAGUUCCGAGUAUCGCAACCAGCAUUACCUGAGAACUUGGCAACGUGAGAGACACGUUAUGGCCGGCUUUGAGUUGAGCUUGCUUCAUCAAGCAUUCAUCAAUUCGACAGGAGAGUUGAAAGCUGAAGCUCCGGGCCCGGCUCAGAGAUGGCAGGGAGCUGCAGGCAGGGGCUGGCAGGACGGGACGGGAGCCUUCAAAGCCGGCCGGAAAAAGCUUUUUCCGAGACAGUGAGCAAGGCCCGAAGCGGCAUGGGUUGGGGCUGUCGGGCACGGGCUGGACGGGACCCGAUCUAGGGAACGGUUAUUAGGCCCGGUCCGUAGCCGCAUCUGC